UCUAUCGUUAUCUUGCUUGCUUGGUUUGUUCCUCUACUUAUACUCAUUAUCAAUGUCCUAAAGUUUUAGAAGUAAUUGCAACAUUAGUAAGUUAUACUUAAGAGGUCUAAGUUCACCAUGGCUGCUUUGAAAAGAUGCAAGAAUUUCAAACUGUUACCUGUAUUAGCUCCUAAAUACAACCUUCAAGUGGCAGCUGUAAGAAACCUGAACCUACAGGAAUAUCACAGUAAGGAUUUACUAAGAAAGCAUCAAGUUUCUAUUCAAGAUUUUAGAAUUCUUGAUACCAGUUUGGAUCCAAAGCCUAUAUCUGACUUUAAGGCAAAAGAGUAUGUGAUAAAAGCGCAGAUAUUGGCGGGUGGUAGAGGGAAGGGUUAUUUCGAUAAUGGUUUCAAAGGAGGAGUACAUUUGACUAAAAAUCCCAGUGAAAUUUUGAGUUUAGCAAAGAAUAUGUUGGGUCAUAAGCUCAUUACUAAGCAGACUCCGAAAGACGGUAUCCUGGUUGACAAAGUCAUGGUGGCAGAAAGUGUUAAUAUCAAACGGGAGACUUAUUUAAGCAUUAUAAUGGAUAGAAGUUUCAACGGUGCUGCCAUAGUGGCUUCUCCUGCUGGUGGCAUGGACAUUGAGCAAGUAGCUGAAGAAACUCCACAUCUAUUGAAGACAGUUCCUAUAGAUGUCUUUGAAGGUGUUACUGACAAAAUAGCAAAUGAUAUUGCAGAAUUUUUACAAUUCAAAGGUGAUUUGAAACAAAAAUGUGCUGAGGAAGUUAAGAAACUUUGGAAUCUAUUUCAAAAAGUAGAUGCAACUCAAAUUGAAAUAAAUCCUCUAGUGGAAACCGAUGAUCACAGAGUGAUAGCAGUAGAUGCAAAAAUAAACUUUGAUGACAAUGCAGCUUUCAGGCAACAGGAAAUAUUUGCCCUUGAUGAUGUAUCAGCAAUGGAUCCUCGGGAAAGACAGGCAUUAGCUAACAAUCUGACAUAUAUAGACAUGGAUGGCAGCAUUGGCUGUAUGGUGAAUGGUGCUGGUCUAGCCAUGGCCACUAUGGACCUCAUCACAUUAAGUGGCGGUCGGCCAGCCAACUUCCUUGAUCUCGGUGGAGGGGUAGGACAAGCGCAAGUUUCAGCUGCACUGAAAAUACUUGAGUCGGACCCCAAAGUCAAGGCUAUAUUUGUUAAUGUAUUUGCUGGUAUAGUCAAUUGUGGCACAGUGGCGAGCGGAAUAGUAGCAGCAUGUAAAGAAAAUCCUCUAAAAGUUCCCAUGAUAGUCAGACUUCAAGGCACGAAUUCCGAAGCGGCCAAGAAAAUUAUGGAAGAAUCUGGAUUACCAGUAAAGUUGAUAACUGAUGCCGACGAAGCGGCUAAAGCUGCCGUUGAAGCUGCUAAAGGAAAAUAAACUAUAAAAAGAAUAUUUAUUAUUGUUGAAUUGUUACAUUUGUAAGUAGUUUUGGUGCUGACUUAGACAAUAUAUAAACUCAAUUGAACAUAGCUAUAUGUCGUAUGCCAGCCAUGAUUUUAGUUGUAUCUGUUUUGCCAUGAACUUAUUUACUGAUCCAAAUACGUUUACCCUAAAGACUGAAUAUAUAAAUAUCAUUCCUGGAAUAUUUACUCUAAAAACUGAAUACUCUAUUGAUAUAUGUAAUGCAAAUUCAAUAUUAGUCUCCCACGUGU